AUGGUGAUGGAGGUGGUAACCGGUGUCAUGGGAAGACUACUUCCCAAGCUGGUCGAGCUGGUCGCGGGUGAGUACAAGCUACAGAAGGGCGUCAAGGAAGACGUUGAGUCCCUUAAGAAAGAGAUGGAGAGCAUGCACACUGCCCUUACAGAGGUGGCGGAGGUGCCAAGGGACAGCCUUAAUCGGCAGGUCAAGAUCUGGGCAGAUGAACUGAGGGAGCUGUCGUACGACAUGGAGGAUGUCGUUGACAACUUUCUGCUGUACGUCGAGGGAUCUGAUCCAGCAGCCAACUCGAACAAGCUCAAAUGCCUAAUGGAGAUGAUGACCGGCUAUUUCACCAAAGCCAGCGGCCGCCAUCAGAUCGCCAAUGACAUUAAGGCUCUCAAGAAACUUGCCGAAGAGGUGGCUGCCCGGCGUGCCAGAUGCCAAGUCGGCGGUGUUGUUGUCAAUCCAGCUAACAAAUCCAAGGUUGACCCUCGUAUGCUGGCUUUGUACAAGGAUCAGCAAGAGCUCGUUGGCAUUGAAGCCGCUCGGAUUGAGCUAACCAAGAGGCUGGCACUUGGUGAUGGGAAUGUGUCAAAUCAGCAGCUCAAGAUAGUCUCUAUUGUCGGACCUGGAGGACUCGGCAAGACAACUCUUGCCAGGGCAGUGUACGACAGUCUUCAAACGCAAUAUGUUCACAAAGCUUUUGUUCCGGUGGGUCGAAAUCCUGAAGUGAGCAAAGUUCUCAAGGACAUCCUCUUGGAACUGCGCGUGCGUACCAGCGAUGUAGCCACACUGGAUGAAAGACAACUUGUCGAAAAACUCCGAGAACAACUUCAGAAUGUCAGGUACUUCAUCGUUAUCGAUGACAUAUGGGAUUUGGAAUCAUGGGGAACAAUCAAAUGUGCUUUGUUGGACAACAAUCGUGGAAGUCGAGUAAUCACAACAACUCGCAUUCACGAAGUAGCAGCAAACACGGGUGAUGUCUACAAGCUAGAACCACUUUCUCAUGAUUUGUCUAAAGAACUAUUCUAUAAAAGAUUAUUUGGUGGUAAAGAGAACUGCCCUGAUGAUCUACCUUCUGAGUUAUCUAAAAAAAUUCUACAGAAAUGUGGUGGUGUGCCGCUCGCUAUCAUUGCAAUAGCUAGUUUGUUGGUUGGUAAAAGAGUGGAGGAUUGGUCUAUGGUAUACACCUCUAUUGGUUUUGGAUAUGGAGAUACUAGAGAUAUUGAUGACAUGAGAAGGAUAUUACUAUUUAGCUAUGAUGAUCUACCUUGUUAUCUAAGGCCUUGUCUAUUGCAUCUGAGCAUAUUUGCAGAGGACGCUUUGAUCAUGAAAGAGACAUUGAUAUGGAUGUGGGUGGCCGAAGGCUUUGUCAGUGAAGAGCGAGGGAGAGGGUUAUUUGAGAUUGGAGAGGGAUACUUUAGUGCUCUGGUGAAUAGAAGCCUGAUCCUGCCUGUGGAGAAGAAAGGAAAGAAUGUCAUAUAUGCUUGCCGUGUUCAUGAUAUGGUACUUGAUACAAUUUGUUGGUUAUCGAAGGAAGAAAAUUUUGUUACCAUAGUGGAUGGUAAUGGGAAAUACUCAUCUUCAGAAAGCAAUGUUCGUAGGUUGGCUGUCCAAACAAGAGAGGAAGAGCAGGGCAACCAUUUGGCCAACACAAGCAUGCCAAAAUUAAGGUCAUGUUAUGCCAGCAUCUGUCAUAAAAGUAUGAUGCCACCACUUUUGAGCUUUCAAGUGUUACGUGUUCUAGACAUGAAAAACUGCAUAUUUCUGGAAAACUGUCAUCUUAAGCAUCUUGGAAGGUUACACCAAUUGAGAUACUUGAGUCUGGAGAACACAAAAAUCGAUAUAGGAGAUUUAAAGUUUCUGCAGACACUAGACUUGAGGAACUCCUGGAUACAAGAAUUGCCUCAGGGUACUAGUUUGCUAAGGCAACUUAAGUGCCUGCGUGUUGACAGCAAGCGCUUGCGCAAUCAUAGAAUUGAACAUUUUGGUAUAGAAGUGACGAAUUGGAUAGGGAACCUGAUAACCCUUGAGGAGCUAUCUUUGAAAAUUAGUGGCGAAAUUUCUACCUUCGUUGAAGAACUCGGUAAGCUGACAGAGCUGAGGGUGCUGGACUGUCAUUUAAGGGGAAGUCUGGAUGAUUGUUCUAAGAAAACUUUGGUGGGUUCUGUAUGCAAACUUAAGAAAAUCCAAGUCCUACAUCUUGAGGGCCUCUACGAGUGGUCUGAAAUGGAGGCAGAUACCUACUGGGCAGGCUACAGGCCCCCUCGGGAACUCCGUGUUCUGUCAAUGUCGUGCACUUUCAGUAGGCUUCCGGCGUGGAUUAAUUUCUCGCUGUUGCCGAACCUCUCCAAACUAAAAAUGGAUCUGUGGCAUUUUGAGGAGCCGGAUGUGGUCAAGCUGGGGGGCUUGCCAAAGCUUUGUCACGUGGGAAGUUUGUGGAUAGACCCAUACAUUGAGUUCCCUGAUGGCGCGUUCCCCAAGUUGAGGUACUGCGGGAUACAUGCACCUUUCUGGUUUCUGCCGGGAAGCAUGCGGAGCCUUGAAUACAUUUCGGUCAGCACAAGCGCCAUUGAUUGUAGUUCAUUUAUUGGUACCCUGGUGAACCUCCCUUCCUCCGGUGGGUCACUGCUAAUAUCGACUGCCAUGGUGCACGUGCUGCUGAUGUGGAGAAGAUGGAGGCAGCUGUGA